CUCCAUAACUUUUCAGGGUCCUCGACUGAGCCUCAAACUUGCAGUCCUAGGGCCAAAUCAACCACCAAGAUGCUUCCGACGCCUCUGCAGGGCACGUACCAGCAGUACAAAGCAGACACCGACUCAGUCGCAGCAUGGCUCGCUUCAACGGCAAAGCAUGCGGUUACCCAGCUGAUCUACUCACCUCCACUGCUAUACAAUUAUCUCAACCUAAAGCUGCAGGUCAUUUGAGGCAAAGGCUAGAAAAGAUGCUAAGAAGCAAAAGCCAGCCCCGAGUAUAGCUCCCCCAGUGGAAACAACUCGACCCAAGUACAUCA